AAUUCCUUCUUGCAUUUUUUUUUCCUGUCCGGACACACCAGAGCCUAAAGUCAGAGCCUGCAAAAACAAAACUUCUCUGUCAACACCAUAGCUAUACCCACGAAGCUUUAAUUUUUAUGCUAAGGCAAAGGAAACGGCAGCGAUUUACUGUAAUUUCGCCCUCUAUGACAUCGCCACCGUCACCGCUCCGUCGUCUUUCUCCGGAACAAGAAAACUCUGUCAUAGUUUCCGCUCUCAAAAACGUCAUCACCGGUUUAGUCCCUUCCUCUUCUUCUUCCUCCACCGUUGACGUCGCUGUUGGCUUUGGUUUGAAUUUCGGUACCCUGACCGUGGCCGGGGGUUCUUCUUCUUCUUCUUCUGCUUCCAUGGUAUUAAAACCGAGUGAAGUUAUGGAAAAGUGCCACGUGUGCGAAUUUGACGGUUGUUUGGGAUGCAACCUUUUCCCGCCAAGUCAACAAGAAGACAAAAACGGAGCCACUGCUAGUAAUAAAAGUAAAACUAAACGAGUAAAGAAAAAUUACAGAGGGGUUCGGCAAAGGCCGUGGGGCAAAUGGGCGGCGGAGAUCCGAGACCCUCGACGCGCCGCUCGGGUCUGGCUUGGAACUUUCAACACGGCGGAGGAAGCAGCACGGGCUUACGAUAAAGCCGCCAUUGAUUUCCGUGGACCAAGAGCUAAACUUAACUUCCCCUUCCCGGAUAGCUACAGCAACGACAAUGUAAUAACAUCAGCACCACCACCAUCGGCCGCCGCAUCGUCGACCCCGACAAAUACCACGACAAUGACAACAACCAUUGUUUUUUCUGAUCAAGAAAUUAAUAGCGUCUCGUUAAAUGCAUUACAACAAGAGAGUGAUCAACAGAAAAAUGCGAGCUUUGAAAUGGGGUUAGGGACUGAGUUUUGGGAUGGAAUAAGCAAUGAUGAUGAGAUUCAACAAUGGAUGAUGAUGACAGGUUUCGGCGCCGACAACAACAAUAAUUCCUCGGACUCUGCCAUGACCAGUACCAGAAAUGCUAAUAGUCCUUGAUAGCAAUUUUAAAUUAUACUGUGUAAGCUAAUGGGUUUUAGUUAGAAAAUUUUCAGCCUUCGGUUCUUCGUUAAAUUUCGAGUUUUCAACGAAGAUGAUCGACGAAAUAUUUAUUUGUUUAGGCAGGUCAUAAUUCAUAAAUUAAUAAUGUAUGUAUACAGUUUAUGUAAGCUUGUUCUACUUCUUUUACGCGAAACUUUUGAAGAACUAAGGAGCAGGAUAAGAUAUGUAAAAGUCACUAUCGUUCGUUAGCUUUUUGGAGUAUUGUUUUGUUUGUUUGUUUCCUGAGGAAAUUAUUUCCUGGAUUUUUCGUUUUGUUGACGACAUUCAACGCUGCAAUUAAAGCGCGCAAAUUGAAAAA